UAAUUUUGCCCUAGGUCUGGCCAGGAGGCGUCACACCCAGAGACCUGCCCCACCUCUUGCAGUGCCAGGACCAUGGGGCUCCGGAGCCACCACCUUAGCCUGGGCCUUCUGCUUCUGUUUCUACUCCCUGCAGAGUGCCUGGGAGCUGAGGGCCGGCUGGCUCUCAAGCUGUUCCGUGACCUCUUCGCCAACUACACAAGUGCCCUGAGACCUGUGGCAGACACAGACCAGACUCUGAAUGUGACCCUGGAGGUGACACUGUCCCAGAUCAUCGACAUGGUGCGUUGUGGUAGUGGUACAGCUGUGGAGUCUUACCUGUCACAGUGUCAAGAAAUGAAGGGGAUGAACGGAACCAGGUGCUGACCCUGUAUCUGUGGAUACGGCAGGAGUGGACAGAUGCCUACCUACAAUGGGAUCCCAAUGCCUAUGGCGGCCUGGAUGCCAUCCGCAUCCCCAGCAGUCUUGUGUGGCGGCCAGACAUCGUACUCUAUAACAAGGCGGACGCGCAGCGGCCAGGCUCGGCCAGCACCAACGUGGUCCUACGCCACGAUGGCACCGUGCGCUGGGACGCACCGGCCAUCACGCGCAGCUCGUGCCCCGUGGACGUGACGGCCUUCCCGUUCGACGCCCAGCGCUGCGGGCUGACGUUCGGCUCCUGGACUCACGGCGGGCACCAACUGGAUGUGCGGCCGCGCGGCGCUGCAGCCAGCCUGGCGGACUUCGUGGAGAACGUGGAGUGGCGCGUGCUGGGUAUGCCGGCGCAGCGGCGCGUGCUCACCUACGGCUGCUGCUCAGAGCCCUACCCCGACGUCACCUUCACGCUGCUGCUGCACCGCCGCGCCGCCGCCUACGUGUGCAACCUGCUGCUGCCCUGCGUGCUCAUCUCGCUGCUUGCGCCGCUCGCCUUCCACCUGCCCGCCGACUCGGGCGAGAAGGUGUCGUUGGGCGUCACGGUGCUGCUGGCGCUCACCGUCUUCCAGCUGCUGCUGGCCGAGAGCAUGCCGCCGGCCGAGAGCGUGCCGCUCAUCGGGAAGUACUACAUGGCCACUAUGACCAUGGUCACAUUCUCAACAGCACUCACUAUCCUUAUCAUGAACCUGCAUUACUGUGGUCCCAGUGCCCGCCCAGUGCCAGCCUGGGCUAGGGCCCUCCUGCUGGGACACCUGGCACAGAGCCUGUGCGUGCAGGAAAGAGGGGAGCCCUGUGGGCAGUCCAGGUCACCUGAGUUAUCCCCUAGCCCCCAGUCUCCCGAAGGAGGGGCUAGCCCCCCAGCAGGCCCUUGCCACGAGCCACGAUGUCUGUGCCACCAGGAAGCCCUACUGCACCAUGUAGCCACCAUUGCUAAUACCUUCCGCAGCCACCGAGCUGCACAGCGCUGCCAUGAGGACUGGAAGCGCCUGGCCCGUGUGAUGGACCGCUUCUUCCUGGGCAUCUUCUUCUCCAUGGCCCUGGUCAUGAGCCUCCUGGUGCUGGUGCAGGCCCUGUGAAGGGUAGGACUAAGUCACAGGGAUCUGCUGCAGCCACAGCUCCUCCAGAAAAGGACAGCCAUGGCCAAGUGGUUGCUGGUCUUUAAGCCAGCCAGUCUCUCCCCACUGCUCCUAAGACCCUGGGACACUUGACUUCACAAUCCACAAGGGAGCACUCAUUGUCUACACACCCUAACUAACAGAAAUCCAGAGCCUGCCACUCCCCUAAUUCCAAAAAAAAAAAGAAGAACUCUACAAAGGCCAAGGUCACAGAGUACAGUCUUGGAGGGACAGAAUUGUUUGUGCUGGGUACUAGAGCUCUCAGUGGAGAGCGUGCGGGUUAUUAUGAGAAACUGAACUGAACUGCUCCGUUUCCUGUCUUCCUUCCUAGGUGGCUUCUUUGCAGGGCCUUGGCUCUUACCUUUCCCUGCCGAGGGGCUCAGGGGAAAGGAUUGGGGAUUCUCAGUUGAGUUUCCAGAGCAGGAGGCCCUACAGACAUUUGGCCCCAAAUCCCCGACUCAAUAAAGUAAGCGUGUACCUAGCA